CUCGCCAAUGGCGAAAGAGAAGUAAGAAGAUGAGGAGCAGCAGCACUACAUCACCCUAUCCAUGUACAGCUCUCUGUUAACAACACUUUCUUCUGCUCCAAACAUCACACAAUCCCACAACGGAAACUCAUUGUUCCUUUCAUCAACUUCUGCCACACUUUUUCCUCCCUACUUCCCACAAUCUUCUACUUUCCUUGUUCAUCUGAUCAUCAAAUUGACCCUGCAACAGUAUUACACCAGCAGCAUUUAAAGCUAGCAGAAGUUAACAAGUGCUGAUUGGGGAAGAACUUAGCAUGGGCAGCAACAAGUACUGUGUUAGUAGUAUAUAUCCACCAGAUUUAGGCUUUCUCUCCAUAAACCCCAAUUUUGAAACCAAGAACUCUAAUUCUUGGUGCAAGCUGAGCAAAGACAACUGGGGUUUUCCUUUCUUGGAGGAAACACAUAAUAGUGAUCAUCGUCAGGGUAAUAAUUAUAAAGGGUCUGAUUCCAGUGAUGACAAUGAGAUUAUUGAUCUUAAUGCAAGCUUGAAUGAAGAAGAUCAAGACAACUGUAACAUGCAUAAGGACUCCAACAGUGCGAGUGGGCAAUCAAAGCUUUGCGCCAGAGGUCACUGGAGGCCCGCAGAGGACACAAAGCUCAAGGAACUUGUAGCCCUUUAUGGCCCUCAGAACUGGAACCUAAUUGCAGAAAAGCUGGAAGGAAGAUCAGGUAAGAGUUGUAGGUUAAGAUGGUUUAAUCAGCUGGAUCCAAGAAUCAACAGAAGGGCUUUUACUGAGGAAGAAGAAGAGAGGCUUAUGGCUGCUCACAGACUGUAUGGUAACAAGUGGGCAAUGAUAGCGAGGCUGUUCCCGGGAAGAACAGAUAAUGCUGUGAAGAACCAUUGGCAUGUUAUAAUGGCAAGAAAGUAUAGAGAGCAAUCCAGUGCUUAUAGGAGGAGAAAGAUGGGUCAAUUUGUUUUCAAGAGGAAGGAAGAUGAUCAUCAUGAUUUCCUCCCUGUUAAUGGAAAUGCAUUAUUGCCCAACUUUGGUGGUGGUCUGAUGUAUAAUUCCGCCGGCGGUGGUGGCCUGAGUUGUUCAGUCAAGAUGGAUGGCGGAGGCGGCCGAGAGGCAACCCCAAACAAGAAGGGAUUUUGGACACCACAAACACCUCUUGGUUUCUUUCCAGGCCCCAGUAGCAGUGAGAUGAUGAGCAUUUUCAACCACAACAAAUCUUGGGAUGAAACCAAUUCCUACCCCCUCAUAAACCCAAUCCAACAGUCACUACAAUCCAACUUUGCUUCACCCCAAGAAGUUUCAGCCAUUGAUGAAUAUCCAACUUCAUCAGAGGAAAGAACUGCACCUCAAUUUAUAGACUUUCUUGGAGUUGGAGCCUUGUCAAAAAGUUGAAGUUUAAAUGGGAGCCCAUCAUUAUUACUAAG